GUCGCUUAUGGUUGGAAACAAUAUGUUUACAUGGCUACUUACAAGUGGAACAUGUAACGAACGAGUUUGAAAACAAUAUCCCCAUAGUGACCAUAACUCUAGUGUUGUCAUACGAAUUGUGCGAUUUGGAUAUGCUACACGAAAAUGGAACUUUUAAAAAGGAUCUCUGUUGACGCGAACCUCGGUAGUGAGCGGCUCGACUUCCUACGGACGUACUCGGGGGCGCAGCUGCAACGGACGGAGCUAGGGCUCGAGCGGGAGAUCCGGCGGGAGAGCUACGUUCCGCCCCGCACGCGGAGAAUCGCCAGGUUGCGUCACCGUGGUGAGAUGAUUCUGCACAGCAAGCACGUGCUUCUGGCGAUUGUCAUCCUUAACCUGGUCGACUGUUGUCUCGUGCUCGGCGAACUCGUGCUGGAUAUUCACUACAUUAAAGAAAUUCGCGAAGAUACAGACGCGACGUCCAAGAAGUUUAUUGAGACGAUGGAGUCCCGGUACCCGCGCCACAUAUACGACUUCCAUGUUGACGAGAUUGCUCAUGUGUACGAGCAGCUCUACCACGCGGACUGCACGUGGCCCGAGGACGCGUCUGACGUCAGCGUCGUUACCUUGGAGAACACCACUUUGCCGGAGGAGAAGCCGACAAACAAAACUCAUAUAGGAAGGCUCCUCAAACGGAGCGCAGACAACCCGUCUGCCCACCUGUUGAAUGCGAUACCGGGUGCAGUGUAUGCGCGGAAAGUUUAUCCUCUUCACCGGGAGCACGAUGAGUCGGCACAUAGCGUCUUGGAGGAUAUCGCCCAUGGUCUACACAAAGCCAGCGUCGUCAUUCUCGGGGUCCUUUUCGUGGAGAACUUGCUUAAACUGGUAUGCAUGGGAUCGGAAUUCUUCGCCAAAAAGCUUGAGGUGUUCGAUACUAUCGUUGUGAUAGUGUCAUUCGUGGUAGAUCUCGUGCUCCUGAAGGGCCUCACGGAGUUUGCAGUACAGGACGCCCUCUUCAUCCUCUCCUUCCUCUUACCAUGGAGGGUCAUCAGGGUCGUCAAUAGUCUGAUCGUGGCUGUGCUGGACCACGAGCAUUUCCGUUUGAAGAUGCUGUACCGGGCGACGAAACUGCUCGACAUCGAAUUGUCAGGGCUCAAGGACAUGGAGAAAAAGUGGGACUUUCAUCUGCAGAAGAUAGAAUCGUUUUGUGAAAGUGAAGGAAUUCCGAAGUGGAAGAUAAGACAACACACAGCUUUGGGCAGAAAACAGUCUACCAUUACUUCAAUGGCGUCACUAGCUUUAAGUGGAAUUUUACCGGGUAUAGUAAUUGGCGCCUCGGACAAAAAGAUGUUGGACAAAAAAAUAGAAAGAUCAACAUCUACUGGUACUCAAAACAACGCAGAGAAGGCACACAUCACUAACCCUAGAAUGACAGUGAUUGAAGAAAGUGACGACGAUUCUGACGACGUCACAAUUGACGUCGGCGGUGACGUCAGCAAAAAUGUUGAGGAUACGAAAUUGUGCUUAGACUCAAGUACAACGAACACAAUGACGCCAAGAGCGUCCGAACAGGCAGACUCCGGGCGUCCUGUGAGUCCAACAUUGAUGAAAGUGGAGUUGCCCAGUAAGAUGAAAAGAGUUUCUUUUGACGCCAGGGAGGCAGUACCGCUUUUACCAAGAGGAUCUGUGGACAUUUUAGAAACUGUGAAACGAAUUCAGAUUAAAAAUGUUAAAUCUUAAUAUAUAAACACCAAACAUAGUGGGGAUACACGAGAUACACAUUAGUAGAUAUGUUGUGUUGAAUUUAAAGACACAGUGGAGAUAAACACCAACAGAUGUGGUUUAAUGAAUUCCAAGACAUAUACAGUGCCUGUGUAGACACACAUCAAUGGCUGUGGUCAAAUUAAUUCCAAGACAGAUAUUGGAUAUACAUCAAUUGUGUCGAUCUAGUGAACUCCUAGAUAAAAUAACUAGAUGUGGUCUAGUGAAAUUCCAAGACAUGUUGGUAAUCAUCAACAGAUGUGGUCUAGUGAAUUUCCAAGUCACAGUGGAGUUAACACAACUAGAUGUGGUAUUGAAAAUGUAUACACAGCAACAUAUGUGGUCUAGUAAACUCCCAAGGCACAGGUGUGUUGAAAUAGCAUAACUAGAUGUUGUCUAGACUAGUGUAUUCCAAGUCAUAUAGUGGAAAUACACAUCAACAGAUGCUGUUUAGUGAUUUCAAAGACAAAUAGUGUCUGUUUUGAUACACAUCAGUGGCUGAAGUCUAGUGAACUCCCAAGACACAGUUGAGAUAGCAUAACUAGAUGUUGUCUAGACUAGUGUAUUCCAAGUCAUAUAGUGGAAAUACACAUCAACAGAUGCUGUUUAGUGAUUUCAAAUACAUAUAGUGUCUGUUUUGAUACACAUCAGUGGCUGAAGUCUAGUGAACUCCCAAGACACAGUUGAGAUAGCAUAACUAGAUGUUGUCUAGACUAGUGUAUUCCAUGUCAUAUAGUGGAAAUACACAUCAACAGAUGCUGUUUAGUGAUUUCAAAGACAUAUAGUGUCUGUUUUGAUACACAUCAGUGGCUGAAGUCUAGUGAACUCCCAAGACACAGUUGAGAUAGCAUAACUAGAUGUUGUCUAGACUAGUGUAUUCCAUGUCAUAUAGUGGAAAUACACAUCAACAGAUGCUGUUUAGUGAUUUCAAAUACAUAUAGUGUCUGUUUUGAUACACAUCAGUGGCUGAAGUCUAGUGAACUCCCAAGACACAGUUGAGAUAGCAUAACUAGAUGUUGUCUAGACUAGUGUAUUCCAUGUCAUAUAGUGGAAAUACACAUCAACAGAUGCUGUUUAGUGAUUUCAAAGACAAAUAGUGUCUGUUUUGAUACACAUCAGUGGCUGAAGUCUAGUAAACUCCCAAGACACAGUUGAGAUAGCAUAACUAGAUGAGGUCUAGACUAGCACAUUCCAGCACACGAAGUGGAGAUACACAUCAAGAGAUGUAGUCUAGUAAACUCCCAAGACUAUGCAAUAACACUUCCCUGGCAGUAAUAACAAAACAAACUCUCCUUUCU